CGUUGAUCUUUGAAUAUCAAAUUCAUAAUAAAACUUUCCCUAAAAUUAAUUUUCAAUUUCUAUUUCAAAAUAUCUGUACGUAAAGAAAACAUCGAAAAUGGAAACAGAAAGCUUAAAAACUUUUGCCAAUGUUCCUGUCGUAUGGGAACCUGGACCAGGUCCUGGAAGAAUGCUCAGGAAUAUCAGGGAGAGGAUUGAAUCAAAAUAUGCUAUUAAGUUCAACGACUAUUGGACAUUUCACAAAUGGUCGGUGGAUCACCUUCCUGAGUUUUGGGCUGAAAUUUGGGAUGCUAUUGGAAUCGUACAUUCAAAUCCUUUUGACCAGGUGAUUGACUUAAGCAUACCAUUGGAGCAGUGUCCUGAGUGGUUUCGGGGAGCAAAACUGAAUUUUGCAGAAAAUUUACUCCGAUUUAGAGAUAACCAUCCAGCAAUUAUAUCUGCAGGAGAAGAUAAGGAAACGGAGACAGUUACUUACGCUGAAAUGUAUGAAGAGGUGCAAUUGUAUGCAGCUGCUCUGAAGAAGUGUGAACUGAAGAAAGGGGAUAGAGCUGUUUGUUAUAUGUCUAACAGACAAGAGCCUGUGUUUGCAUGCAUUGGUGUUACUAGUAUAGGCGCUAUUUGGACUGGAGCCUUACCUUUAUUAGGAGCACAAGCGGUGCUCAAUAGAUUUGUACAGGUGGAACCUAAAAUCCUGUUCACAAUUGAUAGGUUUCGUAACGAUGGCGAAGAAAUCGAAAUGCUACAAAAAGUGAAAGAAAUUGUUGAUGGGUUGCCUUCGCUGACAAAUGUUGUAGUAGUGCCAUCAAAACGUGACUCAAAGUCAAAAGAUAUUAGCUGUAUUAGAAACAGCUGCUGGUUGGAUGAAUUCCUUGCGCUGGGGAGAAAUCCUGAUGGUUCUGUUCCUCCUAUAAAGUUCGAGCAAGUGUCAGUAAAUCAUCCAAUUUUUAUAAGUUAUACGUCUGGUACUACAGGACUUCCGAAGGCUUUAGUGCAUGGGUCAGGGCUUCUUCUAACUGCUGCUAGAGAUUUUGGAUUGCAUACCGAAUUGAACAGAAAAGGAGCACGGCUUUCAAUGUCACCGGUUGGCUGGGCAUCAUGGAAUAUCAUGACCACUCUGCAUUUCGUGGGUUUGACGGCCCUCCUUUACGAAGGAGUACCGUACUUUCUUACUCCGACGUAUCUCUGGGAUAUGGUCGAUAAAUAUGAACUUUCAAACCUAUUUCUUCCUACAAAUGUACUGGAUGAGUUACAGGGAAGAGGGUAUUUGCCAACUAAGAAACACAAGUUAACUUCAUUGAUGACAAUUCUUAGUGGAGGAAGUGUUGUAAAGCCACAAAAUUACGAUUUUGUCUAUGAGAAAAUAAAGAAGGAUGUUAUAUUUACUUCGAUGUAUGUGGCGACGGAAAUGAUGGCAACUAUCAUGCUUUUCGACGAUUCUUUGAAAAUCCACCGAGGGGAGUUGACUUGUCCAUCUUUAGGGACGGAUAUCGAAAUUAUUGAUGAUACAGGAAAGCCUGUUGUCGGCGAAGCUGGAGAAAUUGUGAUAACUAAGCCCACACCUUCCUUUCCAAUUGGAAUUUGGGGUGAUACAGACGGUUCUCGGUACAGAGAAUCUUACUUUUCCAAGGUUCCAGGAAAAUUUGCCAUGGGAGACUUGGGCCUGAUUAAUCCUGUGACGAAAGGAUAUAUAAUUUAUGGCAGAAGUGAUGCUACAUUAAAACCUGGGGGUUGCAGAUUUGGAAGUUCAGAAAUUUAUAAUAUAGUUGAAACGUUUUUUGAGAUACAGGAUAGCAUUUGUGUUUCCCAGUACUCUCCAAAAGGCAUUGAAAGAGCUGUUCUUUUCCUGAAAAUGAAAAGUGGCCAAAACUUUAGUGAAGAUCUUAUUUCCAAGAUUCGAUCUACCAUUACAAGAGAACUCUCAUCCAGUCAUGUGCCCGAGAUCAUACUUAGCGUCCCAGACAUUCCGUAUAGCGUCAACGGGAAGAAGUUGGAAGUUGUUGUGAAGAACAUAAUCAACAACAGAAAGUACAAUCCAGAGACUGUUAUUAAUCCAGAGUGCUUGAAACAUUUUUCAAACAUUUCGGAGUUAUCAGGGUACUGAUUCAGAAAUAAAAAUUGUAAUUGGAUCAACCGAGCUUCAUCGUAUUCCGAAUUGAUUAGUUUAACAUAAAUUUCUUCCGAAUUCAUCAAGUAUGUCC